AAACGCGCGGGGAAAAAGUACGGUUGUAGAGUAGGCGUGAAGCCUCGACGGUCGACGGCGCGUGGUAGCGGGGGCAGUCAGUGCCGCCGCCUCCGCCGCCGCGUCAUGCUGUGCCCCGCGCGCUGCUCGUGCUUCCUGUGCCGCGAGCUGCAGUCGUGCCGCGCCGCCGACAGCCGCAAGCCGCACAAGAUGAGCGACAACUUCAUCCUCAAGAAGGCCGAGGCCUGGGACUCCAGCGCCAUGAAGUUCAUCCGCGGCGCCGCGCGCAUGUCCGUGCGGCACUGGGCCGGCCGCGAGCCGCCGCGCCCGCACAAGGCCACGUCCUGCGAGCAGCUGUACCCGCCGCCCGACGAGCGCCACCCCAUGCGCCGCGCGCCCAGCACCGACCGCAUCAAGCCCGACCAACACAAACCGCUCUUCAAACUGCUGGGAAAUUCCAAGAAUAAGAAACCAAACACCAGUGAUGCCUCCGAGCCCAAAGCGAGGCGCAGUGUCUUGAAUUUCAGGAAACACGAGUCUAAGGACUCCAAGAAUGUUCAUGAAAAAUACGUUCCGUUGCCGCAGAACUCGACCCUGUCGGAGCACAUCUACAGCGAGCCCCGGCCCUGGAGCUCGCAGUUCGACGACUGCUGCCGCCCGCCGGUCUACCAGAGCGUGGAGAAGUUCAACCGCAUGGAGGAGAGCAGCCGCGUGACGCCCGACAGGAAGCUGUACGGCCGCCCGCCCUGCUACGACGAACUCACGCAGAAACUAGCGCAGGACAAGACUAGAAACCGACCUUGCCUGCCGCUGCCCGAGAGUGCUAUUUCCAACAAAAUAACCCAGAACAACAAUAAAGUCGUCAUCUACUUUGGCGACUCCAUCAUCAGGAAACACAGCGAGCAAAAGAAAGAGGAGAGUGCGGCCGAAGUAAAACCAAAGCCGGAAGCGAUCUACGCGAACAGACUGAUCGACGAGACGGAGAACUUAGGGCUGUCCCGCGGCGUGGACAAGGGCGGGGGCACGCUGGUCUCCGAGGUGGAAGUGCAGGAGGCCAUCUACGCGGAGGUGUCACCCGAGACUCCACCACCUAGUGCCGCAGUCGACGGGUCCACAUACAAGAAGGAGGAUGGUGCAUGCGUCAGCUCGGAUGGAUUCCUUGUGGUGGAGAUCGAGGGGAGCUUCGAGCGCGCGCGGCAGUUAGUGGACGCGCUACAUGGCGGCGCCGACCACCACGAGGCGACGGUGCUGGACGAGGAUGAGGACUGCGACUGGAGCUUCAUCCAGGGCUGGCGACGCCGGCCAUCAAGCGGCUGCCGCCCCGAAGACCCCUCCUGGAGCGGCGCGCGGGCGCUGCGCGUGAGAGUCACGACGGCGGCCGGGGCUCCGCCGCACGCGCGCCGCCUGUCCCCGCCGCCGCCCGCGCACCGCGCCACCACCCCGCCGCGACCCGCUGACAACACGCAUGCGCAUAAACCCCAGAAGUCCCCGGCGGCGGAGGAGCCCCCGUGCCCGGACGCCGGCGCGCAGCUCAAGCCCGUGUGCGCGCCCUCGCAGCUCACUGUGCAGAGCACGCCGGUCCGCUGCGCGCCCGUGCAGAGCAGCUACGGGCUGGAGAAGCGGAGCAAGGAAGACCUCCGGCCCGCCGAGAGCCUGCCACAGAAUGGUGUCCGCGACUGCAACAGCAGUUCGGACGAGAACCGGUCGUCGGGGCACGCGUCCAUGUCGGACAGCGGCGGCGGCGACGCGGCGCGCGACGAGCCGCGACGCGCGCGACAGCCGCCGCACCAUGGACGGCAGAAACACAGGCCGCAUAAUAAGCAACUGCAGUCCCCGUGGGCGGGCGGCGGCGGGCUGGACGAGAUCCGGUCGGCCAUCAAGCAGCUGACCCUCAGGUCCAGGGACAGCAGCAGCACCGCCACUAGUGGCGCCUCGAGUGCUGGUGGCAGCAACCAUGGGAACCAAGAGACCAACUCCGCGGCGGAGGCCCGACGCCGGCGCGCGCCACUGGUCCGGCAGCCCUCGCUGGACACGGUGUGCACCAAUGUGACAAGUGCGGACGAGUUCGUGUGGGUCGACUCGCAUAACAGACUGGUAGAGCUGCGUUGCGUGCCGUGGACCCCCACAGAGAUCACCCGCGCGCUGCAGUCGGGCCGCUGCCGCGACGUGGCGACACGGUUCGCGCCCGACACGCCGCCGCGGCUCGCUUACUUGCUGCAGAGAGCCCUGGUCCGCAUAGCGCGGGAGACGCAGCGGCUGUCGCACAACUUCGGCUUCUGCUCCAAGCACGAGGUGGCGGGCGCGCUCCGCAUCGUGCUCAGCGCGCCGCUCGCCGACGCUUGUAUCAAGGGUUGCCAACGCGCAGCAACAAUGUACGCCACCUCCGGCGGGGCAGCGAGACGACUCGGCUCGGCCGCGCGCGCGCACACAGCACUCGCGCCAGGGCGGUUCCAGCGGUGGAUGCGGGAUGCUAAUGUUGCUCCUGUGUUGCAUGAAUACGCAGCGAUCUACCUCUGCGCCGGCAUAGAGACGCUCCUAGAAGAGGUGGCCCUAUUCUCAGCGGGCCGCCUGGCGCCGGGCGCGGCGCUCACCCCGGCCGCCGUCGACACGGCCGUGGCCACCUCGCCCGCGCUGUCGCCGCUGUUUCAACCGUAUAGCCAUCUUAAUGCCGCGCAUAUACCCAAUGGCUCGGACUCGCUCUCCCGCUGGGGCUCGUGCAGCUCGCUGGGCUCGGGCUCCCCGCACCGCCGCAGCCGCGACUCCGGGAUCACCACUAACGGCUCCAGCGGCUCCGCGACCUCCGACGGCUCCACCAGCACCUCAACCUCCGUGCUACACAGCACGUGCUGCGGCUCCCCCGCCGAGCUGCGCGCCGUGCUGCGCCGCGCCCCCCGCUGCCCCCCCCUCACCCCCGAGGCCGAGCUGGCGCUGUACUACUUCAUGAAGUGCGAGCAGCUCGAGCACACCCCCUCCUCCUGCGGCCUCUGGGGCGGGCGCGGCGGUGCGCUGCCCCCGCUGGGCUCGUGGCUGCGCGUGAUCGCCGCCCACGCCGCCCUGCGCCCGCCGCCCGCCGCCGCCGACCAGCACGACGUGGCGCAGGCGGCGCGCCUGCUGCUGCCGCACGCCGACUGCCCGCCGCGGCCCGUCACCGUGGACGAGGCGAUCGAACCAGCCUGGUCGCGCAACGCCCGCUCGGCCGACGACCUACCCCGGGCAGCGCUCGGGCUCGCCCACCGCGCGCUGCUCAGCGGCCGGCCCGCGCUGCUGGCGGGGGCGCGCGCGCUGCUGCCCGGCGGCGCCAUCGACGCUGCUGAUGCUGCUGGCCUGACGGUUCUCAUGAAGGCGGCACUGGCGGGAGAUGAGCAGAGGGUUUCUAUGCUGCUAGAAGCGGGUGCAGACCCUAAUGUGGAGACCCCGGGCGCGGCGCAGCCCGCGCUGCUCUCCCCGCGCGCCGCCGCCGCCCCCGCCGCGCCCGCGACUGGAUAUGUACCGCCUACAGCUGGUUGGACAGCCCUAGUGUACGCGGCCUCAUCAGGCUCGGUGGAGACGGCGCGGCGGCUGCUGGCGGCGGGCGCGGGCGUGGACGGCGCCGCCACCAACCGCGACGACACGUGCACGCUCACCCCACUGCAGAUGGCGUGUGGAGCGGGCAACCUGGAGAUGGUACAACUGCUUCUGUCUCACGGCGCUGACCCGUUCCUGUCUACGCAGCUAAACGAUGCGCUAUGUUACUCCGCCGCCGCGCAGUAUGGAUGCUAUAGCGCAAUAGCAGUAGCGUGCGCGCACGGCCGCCGCUCCAUCGUCCGCGCUAUACUAACCGCGUCGCGGGGCGGGCGCGGCGCGGGGCGGGCGGUGUCGCUGGAGGAGGUGCUGGCGGAGGGCGGCGGCGGCGCGCCCAGCUUCACCAAGCCGCAGCUGCGGGCGCUGCACGACGCGCUCUACACCGCCGCCGAGACUGAGCAUUUGGACAUAACCCUGGAGCUGCGCGCGCUGGGCGUGCCGUGGUCGCUGCACGCGUGGACGCAAUCGCUGGCCGCCGCCGCCGCCGCCGGCCUCGACCACGUCAUCGACACUCUACUGCAGGACUUCCUGCAGGUGUGUCCGUCGGACGACAGCCACUACAGCCACCAGUUCAUCUACGAGUGUCUGCCGCUGCUCUUCAACAUCCUGCGCUACAGCAAGAAGGAAGGCACGGUGCUGCUGCUGGGAGACAUCCUGUGCGCGGUGUACGGCUGGGAGCCCGUCCCCCCCGUCGCGCAGCCCGCGCCCCCCCCUGCCGCCCGCGUGGACCCUGCCUAUGUGAACAAUCCGGAGCUAGCUGAUGUCACCUUCAGAGUGGAAGGCCGCCUGUUCUACGGCCACAAGAUCGUGCUGGUGUCGGAGUCGCCUCGCCUGCGCGCCAUGCUGGCCCCGCGGCCCGACGCGCCCGCCCAUGCUGCGCCUCCGCUUGUGCAGAUUAAUGAUAUUAGAUAUCAUAUCUUUGAGCAAGUAAUGAAAUACCUCUACUCCGGAGGCUGCUCCGCUCUGGACAUCCCAUCAGGCGACGUGUUAGAGGUUCUUGCGGCGGCGUCGUUCUUCCAACUACUGCCGCUGCAGCGCCACUGCGAGGCGCGCGCCGCCGCCGCCGUGCAGCUGCACGACCUCGUGUCCGUCUACAUACAUGCUAAGGUAUACAACGCGACGCAACUGCUAGAAUACUGCCAAGGCUUCCUGCUCCAGAACAUGGUGGCUCUCCUCACGUACGACGACUCAGUGAAGCGUCUACUCUUCGGCAAGCGGCUCCCGGGACACAACGUGCUCGGCGCGCUACUCACCACCCUACAGAAGAGGAUAGAGGCCAGGAAGAACCAGCCCAACAAGAGCAGAUAGCGUUGUAGUGUUAGUGGCGCCCUCUGCUGCCAAAAGUCAACUUUACUGCGUUGACUUGCGGAAACGCGAGCCGUGACUUUUAAAGGCUGUAUAGGGUGGAAUAUUGUUAGUGAUCUGAUAAGAGUCUGGUGUAUGUAAGAUACAUUCGAGAAGUUCACGGAUAAUUCCUCCCUGUAUAAAGACCUGUUUUAUGUUAGCAAGGUAACUUUGAAUUUGAAGUCCACUGCUGGUAAGAGUGUGUGGGCAGUGUUAAAAUUAU